AUGGAGGCCGAAGGUGUCCACCAGGAAGCAGGCCGUGGCAGCCACCAGGAGAUUUUGCCGGGGAUUGAAUCCGGCCUUGAGCCGGUGGAAGACAAGUCCAGAACUGCUGUGCAAGACGAAAGCCAGGCAGCUCCCAAUGCCACCCAGGGAGGUUCGUCAAGCCCUCUUCAGGACCCGACAGCCACCUUCUUGGAAGGUGGCCUCGUGCGGGGUGGCGCCAUGCCAGUGCUUCUGGAGGCGGCCGCGAGGGCCUCACGCUCGGACGAGCGCCUUGUGAUCCUUAAAGCCAUGGAGAACACCGCGCUGUCACUGGACACAGGGAUCUCUGGCCGCCUUGCAAGAUUUGUUGAGCUGGGUGGUGUGACGAUCAUCCGCGACUGGCUUGCAGGGCCUGCGGAGGAUGUCCGCUGCAUCCGUGCCUGUUUGGUGGUCCUGCGGCUUCUUCCCUUGCGGCGCUCGGAUGUCCUGUCUUUGAACCUCCUGACGCUGGCCGCCUCCCGCGCUGAGCAGCUUCCGGAGCUGCGAGAGGAGGUGGAGAAACUAGUUCGCACAUGGCAGAUAUCGCUGAAACUCAAGGGCACUGCUUCGUUGAAGCGGAAGCGUGAGGCAGAGGAAGCGGAGACGCUGAGCGAGAUCUCGCACUUGGGCCGGGUGCUUCAGGAGCGACCGAAACCUGUUCCCACAGAACGACCUAGACCAAGUGUGAAGCCGGAGCUGCUGGAUCAGCACUUCGAAGAUCCCUUUGCCUAG